UUUUCCAUAGAUCUUUUUUUUUUGUCUCUCCUCCGCCGCUGCUGCCGCCGUCCGUCCGUCCGUCUUCCUCCUCGCUCCGCCCUCUCGACGGCAGAUUUCUCGACAGCUUAGGGUUCCGGUUUCGCGUCGUCGCUGCUUUUUGCCAUGGCGAUGAAGAGAAGCAUAGGGGAGAGGGAGUUCGAGAGCUUGUCCAUGGCGAGCUGCCUGAUGCUGCUCUCGCGCGGGGUCGAGUUCGAGUCCGUGGUGGACCACUCGCUGCCGGACCGUGUCUUCGAGUGCAAGACCUGCAACCGGCAGUUCUCGUCGUUCCAGGCCCUCGGCGGGCACCGGGCGAGCCACAAGAAGCCGCGGCUGGCGCCCGGGGACGAGGCGGCCCAGCAGCAGGGUUCGUCAUCGCCGGCGAAGCCGAAGACGCACGAGUGCUCGGUCUGCGGGCUGGAGUUCGCGAUCGGGCAGGCCCUGGGGGGCCACAUGCGGAGGCACCGAGCCGUGGCCGGGAUGACGCCGCCGGCCGCGGCCGGGGCGGCUCCUCCGGCUCAUCCCUUGGCGGGGAACCCCAUGGUGUCGCCGGCGCAGGUGCCGGUGGUGAAGAAGUCGAACAGCCGGAGAGUCCUGUGGCUGGACCUGAACUUGACGCCGAUGGAGAACGAGAGCGAGAGCGACCUGGAGUUUCGGUUAGGGACGAAGACGCCGGCUCCUCCCGUCAUCGAUUGUUACGUCCUAUAGCUGCUUACCGUACGUAGAGAUCGCACAUACACACAUACAUACGUAGACGAUACGUCUGGAUAUAUAUAUAGUACAUACUGCCUGGAGAGCCUUUUUGCUCACUCAGAUAUUUUUUUUGGCUGGCGAUCCAUCUCUUGUGAAUAUUUUGGUUCGUUUAUUCAAUAUUCAUAGAGAUAUAUCAUUCAAAUAAAGCAGGAUUCCGCGAUA